AUGUCUCUGUCCCUCGCUCAGAACUGUGUCCCGAGCACCUUCAGCCCAGUCCUCUACGGAGCUGAGAUCCUGUCUCUCGAGGCGAACCUCGUCACCAACUACAGCGCCUCCGUCCCUUCGGCAUUCCGAUACACCUCUCCAGCCGUCGAACUGAAGAACGCGACUUUUUGUAAUGUGACCAUCAAGUAUACGCACCCGGGCCAGAACGACAACCUCGUCACAGAGGCAUGGCUUCCGGAAAACUGGAACGAAAGGUUCAUGGCUGUGGGCGGAGGAGGCUGGGUCGCCGGCCGCUUCUUCUUGAGCUACAACGCAAUGAACGGCGCCAUUGCGGACGGUUUUGCGACCAUCACGACAGAUGCUGGUCUUGGGUCUGCGAAUGAGCCUAGUCCGUGGGCGAUGAACAGCCCUGGCAACGUCAAUCUGUACAAUCUCCAGAAUCUUGCAUCUGUUUCCCUCAAAGACGAGGCAAUUAUCGGCAAGUCUUUGAUCAAGAGCUACUACAGCCAGGAUCCCCAGUACUCCUACUGGGCCGGCUGCUCCCAGGGUGGACGACAAGGCCUCAUGCUCGCCCAGCGCUACCCCGACAUCUACGACGGCAUUGUAGCGGGCGCCCCGGCAAUCAACUGGAACAAGCUGGUGAGCUUCGUCUACUGGCCCCACCAAGUCAUGAACGAGCUCGGCGCGUUCCCUUACCCCUGCGAAUUCGACGCCAUCGUAAACACAGCAACCUCCGAGUGCGAUCCCCUUGACGGGGUUACGGAUGGAAUCAUCUCCGACAUUGAAGCCUGCUUCAAGUCCUUUGACCCUUUCUCCCUCGUCGGCCAGUCCAUCACCUGCGCGCAGAAGAACGGAACUCAGCAGAUCAUCUCAGAGGCCGCCGCGACGGUUGUGAACGCUACGUGGCACGGCCAUGUCACCACGGAUGGCAAGCGGCCGUAUCACGGUAUCCUGCCCGGAGCUGACUUUACGGGUAACAAGCCGACAUCCAACGGCCAGCCGGGUAUCGUGAUGACGACUUGUAAUGAAAGGGGCUGCGUCGAUGAGCCUUCUAACCUCGGCACCGCGUGGCUCAAGCUCUUCGUCGCCAAGAACGAGACCUUUGACUUGGCAACUAUGAGUCGCGAGGAUUAUGAUGCGCUCGUGUACUCUGGUCGCCAGCAAUAUGAGUCUAUGGUCGAGACUGCCGAACCUGAUUUGAGGCAGUUCAAGGCAGCCGGGGGCAAGAUGGUGACUUUCCACGGUUUGGCUGACAACAUCAUCCCGCCCGGUGGAACCGAAGACUACUACAAGGCAGUCAACGAAGUCAUUCCUGAUAUCCAGAAUUUCUACCGUUAUUUCGAGGCUCCUGGCUUGGGCCACUGCUUCGGCGGUGUGAGUGGCACCCCGACUGGCCUCUUUGAGCAGCUGCGCGACUGGGUCGAGAACGGCACCGCGCCCGACCAGACACCCAUCCAGGUUUCUGUCGGAAAUGCGACGCACAAUCGGAUUCUUUGCCCGUACCCUCAGAAAUCGAUCUUUAGCGAUGGCUGUGGGGAUGCAUCCAAGGCUGAGUGCUGGUCUUGCUCUGAGAGUCCCGUGAAAUCUAACACCACUAAGAGGGCUGCGCCAAUGUUCCACGGGCUCUAA